CUCAGUCGACGGCUCACCUUUAAUGCUGCCAUCCCGGACAUCCGAUCGUCGACACGAUUGCAUACUAAUAUCCAUCCCCUUUUCCCUUCUCCUGUCCCGCGGGAAGCUCGCCCUACUUUUUGUUCUCAUCGUCAUCGAAUCAAUCCAUCAAGCUGUUAUUAUCCCGACUGCCUAUUUCAUCCCUCGUGGCCCUCGUCAGCUCGACGUGCCUGACAAGUCCAAGAAUCAUUCAUAUCAACCUCGUUUCGUCUUAGCUUCAAUCCAACAGCAUGGCCGGCCCCCGUUUGACUGGUCCUCGCCUUACAGCCCCGGCCGCAAGACUAGUAGCUCGGUCCCUCAGCACCACAACAUCGUCGGCCUCAUUGCCACAGUCGACUACCUUCGUCACAGCCGCCAGGACUUCAGCUCCUCUAUCUCGCAAAUAUGCAGACCUUCUCAAGGAGCGGAACCUAGAUGCUGAGCAUCCCCGUCACAUCUACACCCGCUCCUCCAACCGGCCGCACCCGCCACCCCGUCGGCUUCGGCUGAUGCAAACCUUCACUUCGAGCGCGUCUACCUCGUCCCAAGCCGACCGCAGCUCCAUCGACUUCACCGUUCUCCCGGGCUCCGCUGCCCUCGAGCACGCGGCCGCCGACCCUUACAGCCGAGUGCGAGUCCCGCUUCUUCCCGACAACUACGCGUCCCAGUAUGCCCCCGAGACGCUCGCCACCAACGAGCCUGUCCAGAUGCCCGAGAUCAGCAUCAUCGCCUCCAACCCGGACUCUGUGUCGCCCGCCCCGCUGUCGGAGAUCGAGGGCAUGGGUGUUGAUGGCAUCGAGCUCAAGUUUGCGCACGAGGCGCCGAGCGCGAGCCGCAGUGUAGAUAGUGAGCCCGGGAUGCUGACGGAUUUGUGGAAGGGGUUAAUGGAUGAUGUGCUUGGGGCCGAGAACAGUAAAGGGAAGCUCGCUGUCUAGACCGAGUGGCUUCAACAAGAGGAACACAUCAUGAGUGCGGUACGGUCCGGGAUAAAAGCUUGGAGGCUUGGACAGAUUUUUCAAUGGUCUGAUUCUAGGGUGGCUCUGUCGGGAUUGACGGGCGGACGGUUCCUGGAUGCCAUAAGGUUGUGUAUAAGUGAUUUUGAAUGAGUACCUUCACUCCAAGGUGCAAAUGCCACUCCAAGAGCUGGAAGGGUUGGUUUAACCAGAUUAAAUCAAAUAGAUUGCCCGGGCUUUAGUGAUGAUUCAAUUCAGAGUUACGAGUGCCGCUGCGGAUGA